AUGGCAUCCGCUACUCGAACCUUUGCUCGCGCAGGCGCUGCAUUCAAAUCCACACCUUUCAGAUCCGCCACUCGUACUGCAUUGAGUGCUCCUCGUCAGGCAUUCCGUCAACAAUCUCGUCGUGGAUAUGCAUCUGAGGGACCUGCCAAAUCUUCCUUCCCUCUCUCCAUCGGUGUUGCUGCUUUGGCCGUUGCUGGAGGUGCUGGAUAUUACUUCAUCUCCCAAGGUAAUGGAUCACUCUUGAGUGGUUCUGCCAAGGAAACCGCCGGUCUCUUCACACCUACAUUCGACGAUUACCAAAAGGUGUACAACGAAAUUGCAGAGAGAUUGGAAGAGAAGGAUGAUUAUGAUGAUGGUUCUUACGGACCCGUCUUGGUCAGAUUGGCGUGGCAUUGCAGCGGAACCUUCGACAAGGAAACCGGUACUGGUGGUAGCAAUGGUGCCACUAUGAGAUUUGCUCCAGAGGGUGAUCACGGUGCCAAUGCUGGUUUGGUUGCUGCUAGAGAUUUCUUGGCUCCUAUUAAGGAGAAGCACCCAUGGAUCUCCUACUCUGAUCUGUGGAUCUUGGCUGGUAUUUGCGCCAUUCAAGAAAUGCAAGGUCCAGUCAUUCCUUUCCGACCAGGUAGACAAGAUAAGGACGCUGCUGCUUGCACACCUGAUGGACGUCUCCCGGAUGCGUCCCAAGGUAACAAGCACUUGAGAGCUAUCUUCGGUCGUAUGGGAUUCAAUGAUCAAGAAAUUGUUGCUUUGAGUGGUGCUCACGCUCUUGGACGUUGCCACACUGAUCGUAGUGGAUUUGAGGGUCCUUGGACUUUCUCUCCAACAGUUGUCACCAACGACUACUACAAGCUCUUGUUGAAUGAGAAGUGGAACUGGAAAAAGUGGAAUGGUCCUAAGCAGUACGAAGACAAGACCACCAAGUCCCUCAUGAUGCUUCCUACCGACAUGGCUCUCGUCUCCGAUAAAUCUUUCCGCUCAUACGUUGAGAAGUACGCAAAUGAUGAAUCUCUCUUCAUGAAGGACUUCGCAAAUGUCAUCACCAAGCUCUUUGAACUCGGUGUUCCUUUUGCAGAGACUACCGAACAAGCCCCUAUGAAGUUCAAGCCUACUGCCUAG